AUGACGUCCAAGCGAUUGCCCUUAAGCUGUGAGAAUUGUCGGCAGCGCAAAAUUCGUUGUAUCGGCUCUGGCCACUCACCUUGUCAGACGUGUGCACGGCGUGGUUAUGCAUCAAGUUGUCGGUUUAAACGUCAGACACCCCUAGUUGGUGCGAAUGCACAAAUUAUACAGCCUCAACAAUCAGACCCAUCUCUCGGGCUUAUGGGAAAUGUUGCCAGUUUGGAAGACUUGUUGAAGCAAAAUAUUGCGCUGACCACUGCAUUACUGAGCCAGAAAGGCCAAAGCCGACUCCCUUCGCCAAUCUCCAGUCCGGAGGUCCCAUCAUCCCUACAGCCAUCACUUGAAGAAAAGCCACUGCAUGGUCCAUUACCGAGUCGGACAGGCCGCUUGGUCGUGUCUACUUCCAACCAUGUGCGGUUUGCCCCGUCGCAUGAUAUAGGGGACUCCGAUCUCCUCGAGGCUAUGCAAGAGCCUGCUUCGAGCUUCCCCGUGGGAUUCCCAUUUUUCUCCGAACAAUCGGGCUCUGUCUCCGAUGAGGUUCUGGACCUGCUCCCACCACUUUUGCACCUCGAAGAGUUGAAAUCAACGUAUUUUCGAGUAUUCUCACCUCUCUUCCAUGUUCUCCAUGAUCCGACAUUCCACACGAAAUACCAAGCAUUCAAGAGGAAUCCCAGAUCGACCCCACUGGCAUUUGUAGGAUUAUUGUUCGUGAUUCUAAGUCUAGCGGUCACCGCACUAGACGAUAACCAUCUUGUCCUGACAGAUCUGGGUCAUGGCGUGAGUCCCCAUGCGAAUGUGCGCAGUCUUUCGGCAAAAUAUCGCUCGGCGGCCAUGCGGUGUCUUGCCGCCGAUAAUUUCAUGGUCCGCCACAAUCUCUGCACAGUACAGUGCCUGGUGCUUUUAAUCUACGCCAUGAACCAUGCCCAGGAACCAGCAUGGUCAUUGCUCGGUACAACCCUACAUAUUGCUGUUGCUAUCGGCUGUGCCGUUGAUCCAGACCAUCUGAAUGUCGACCGCAUCCAGGCAGAAGAACGUCGCAGAUGCUGGGCUGCACUCCGGAUGUUGUAUACUAUUCAGAACACAUGCCUUGGGAACCUCAUGCCCUUCCGGGUGGAGGCAAAUGUCGCUCUUCCAGCUGAUAUCGAAGAUGACGAGUUGGUGACGGGUAGCCCGAGUCCCCGGAACGAUUCGGUAGACACGCCCCCGACACAAAUGACUUACCUUUUAUACAAGUUUCGUCUAUAUGACUUGGCAGUCGACAUCUGUCAGCUUCCUGCGUCAAUUCAAGCACAUGACCACGCAAUGAUAGAGACUCUAGAUGUAAAAAUCACGCAAGAACAGGAGUGUCACCAGGCUCGCUUUACUACCCGACUGAUACUGAAACCAUACGACCAAGCCCACUUCUAUAUUCUGACCAUCUAUACAAACCACCUAAUGCUCCUGCUGCACCGGUCGCAGCUGAACACAGUCGACAACAAGAGCUGCGAAAAGUGCUUAAAGGCGGCCACAGGAACCUUGUCUAAGUUCGAGGCGCUGUGUUCCACCCCCGAAUUCGGGUCAUAUCGAUGGUACAUGGAUGGUCUUGGGUCAUUCUACGCCUUCUUUGCUAUAACCACCCUCCUUGUACUGUUGGGAAAUCCACAACAUGAGACGGAGUGUAAUCCGGAAACCGUCGUUCUUCUUGUUCGGUGCGUAGAGAAAAUGAAAGGAAGUGCAUCUCGAAGUUCUAUUUGUCAAAAAGCAGUCGAUAUUGUUGAUCCUAUAGUCCAAUGUCUCACUUCUGGACACGUCGCAGACAGCAAUGGAGACGCAGAGUUAACAUUGCUUGGUGAAAGCCCGAAUGAAGGCUUAUGGCCCACAUACCCAGGACUGGAGAGUAUGUUUUAUGACGUGCCUUGCGAGCAGUGGUUGACUCCGUCGGAAUUUGUCUGGAACGCCGCACAGAACCUCUGGGGUCCCUCAUCUGCGGGUGUAUCAACACUAUGA